AUGGCCAGUGUAGUCGGAAGUGGCACCGUGAAGCUGAGCGCCUGGGGUAGUCUUUGUCAAGCAGCAGGUCAGAGCGCAGGCGCUAUGGACGCCCAGCAGCAGCAAGCGCAAGGGGCCUCUGCUGCCCCUUUCGAGGCUUCUAAGGGUUCUGAAACAGCGCAGUCGGAUUCUAGGAAUGAAGGUGGACAGCGAGGCGCGGGAGACUCAUCGAUGGAAACCUCCCUCCCCCGAGAGGGCUUCCCAGCAGCAGAAGAGGAAGCCGAAUGGUAUGUCCUUCUUCCACCGGAUGCCUUGAAGGUACUCCAGCGCGAGCAGGAACGCCGAGCUCAGCAGCAGCAGCAAGAGCAGCAGCAAGAGCAGCAGCAAGAGCAGCAGCAAGAGCAUGGAGAGGAGCCGCUAAGACAGCCUUUACACGACGCUACAGCGCUUCUUGCCGAGGGCAGGGACGGUGCAGCAGGGCAUAAGCGGACCGUAUCUGGGGGAGGCGACGAGGCAGAGGAGUGCUCCCAGACACCCCCUAGCAGCAACAGCAGCAGCAACGCAGACAGCACAAGUGCAGGAGGGGCGCUCGCUGCAGCUUCCCCGGGAGACGCCAGCGCAGGAGCUGAGGGAGGCGUUGUCGGCCCCUUAAGCCUCUCAGCUCUGAGAGUCUACUUUGCGUGGAAUCUGAUAGACGGCUUGACUUACGUGCUGCGGCUAGGGGCCUCCGAGUGGACGCCUAUAUGCGAUUAUCCAGUUGUUGCUGAGGCACUGCGCAUGUGGCAGCAGCAGCAGCAGGAGGAAGACGCAGCAGCGCUCGCCGCGAAGGCGGAGAUAGCAGCAGAAGCCGAAGCGGCUGCUGCCUUCGCAGCGGCAGCUGCUGCAGCAGUUCCUGGAAAGAAGCGGAGAGCAGCAACUGAGAAGGCAGCAGUCCUUGCAGUUGCGGGUGCAGCAGCAGCAGCAGCGGCGACGAGAGCCCCCUUCCCGCAUGUGGAUGCAGCGCUCAAAUACUGCGCUCCUGACGGCCAGUGGAUGGUCUUUGACACUGUGGAUAAGCUUUGGCGAACUAAACACGAUUAUGAUUUCUUAGUGGCCACGGCUGCGGACGGGAGUGGAGGUGGGGUUGGUGGUGAUGGCAGGAGCAGUCUGCAGGACGAGACGCUUGUGUUGGCUGCCGUUGCAGCCGCUGUGAAGGGGUCUUGCUCGGCUGGAAAGGGUCAGAAAACUCCCGCCGCUUCUGGGGAGGGAGUGGCUGCUGGCGACGCUCGCGGCGACGCCUCUUUGGGAGGCUUCCCCCCAUCCGCACGACGGGAGAAGGAGGCACUCGCCGGGGGUGUGGCAGCUGCGGAGAAUUCUCAGCAAGCCCUCUCGCCGGAGGAGUUGGAGGCGCUCCGGAAGAAACUCGAGAACGCAGAGAAGCGCCGAGCCUACAGAGACAGGCGAAAGAGAAAACGGGAUGAAGGCCUCUUCGUACAACCUAAAAAAAAUCCAAAUAUUUACGUUAGCGGCCUGCCACUCACCUAUACCGAGAAGGAUGUUGCGGAUCUCUUCAAGAAAGCGGGUGUUUUCAAGGUGGACCCCGAAACGCUACAGCCCAAGAUUCGCCUGUACACUGAUGAGGCAGGCCUCUUUAAGGGCGACUGUCUCAUCAGCUUCGCGCACGAGGCCAGCGUGGAAACAGCGAUUCGCUAUUUCGAUCAGUACGCCGUCGACGAGGCUCACACCAUUCAGGUCUCUUUAGCAGACUUUUCGAAGAAGCAAGAGCAGAAGACAGAGGCGUCUUCACAGCAGACUGCGAGAGUCUCCCUGGUCCAGCAGGCGGCUCUGAGAAGACGUCGCAAGCGCAUUCUCGCCGCUCGCCAAGAGCAAGCCAGGCUUUUGAGCUGGGAUACGGAGGCUGCGGAUGGUCGGUCGAGGCGAAACAUCGUGGUGUUGAGGCCUAUGUAUUCUCUGCAGGAGGCAGAGGAGCACGAGGAAGGCGCUGAGUUUUACGAAGAUCUGCGCCUCGAGAUUUUGGAGGAAAUCGCCAAAGUCCGUCAUCCCGACAAAAUUACUGUUAUUCCGAGGCAUCCGCAAGGCGUAGUGUGCGUGAAGUUCAAGCAGACAGAAGAUGCGGAGGCUGUCAUCGAGAAGAUGCGGGGACGCGUUUUCGACGGGCGAGUUGUGGAGGCCUUCUUCUUCGAUGGCACGACAGACUUUAGAGCGAGCUGUCUUCCUUCUCAACACAAACAGGAAGCUCCUGCUGUCAGAGGCGACGCCACUGCGGCUGUCGGGGAGGGCGCGGCAGAGGCCAUUGGAGCAAGCGGGAAGGUUGGGGGAGGACGUUCUCCCCUUGCUGCCGCUGACGCUGUCGAAGAGGAAAACCUUGAAAAAUUCGGGGAGUGGGUAGAAGAACAAAGCAGCGACGAAGAAUUUUCAGUGCAAACGGAGGAAUAA